AUGGUGUCACUGUUUAUGAUGACACUUCGACCUGAAGACUACUUUCUCGAAGAACUUCUUGAGAAAGAAGAGCGUCAAGAUUUCGAACUAUUCCUAGAAACCAUUGGAAAGCAUCUUGCUGGAACUUCAAGCAGCAUGAUGAAUGAAAUAUUGAGGGCAAAACGACGACCACAAGAAUCGCUGCUUGCGUUCUUCAUCAGACUGUGCACGAUAUACAAGGCAUCGUCCGGAAAAAAUCCAAAAUCACAGGAGGCUGCGAUGUUUCUGUACCCGGUGAUUAGAAACAACGCCACUAGAAUACAGAAAACGGAACUGAGCAGGGACCUCGAGGCUGGUGAAUUGGGCAAAGCAGCAAUAACUUUUGACCGACUGCGUGCAGCAAUUAAGGUGGCUCAAGUCAUGGAUGAUUCAAAUUUUCACAAUGAACCAGCGGAGCUCACCUAUAACAUAGAGGAACGAAACUACUUUGUUCAAGGACAUGCACGAAAUAAUGGGCGAGUGGCGCUGCCAGAGACAAAAGCAAACGCUUCUCAAACCGAGGGUUAG